UUCAAUCUUAAUUGAUUUCUUGUUUUUAUUGAAAAUCUAUUUUUAUUCACUUAAAAGGACGAGCAUGAUUUAAAGCUUAGUUAAAAUAUUACAAAUAGAUCAUUGAAUGAGCAGUAAACACAUGAUUGUCAUCCGCUUGUCCCAGAAACUAGAAAAAGUUCCAAGUAAACAUUUUUAACUAAAGAGGUAUUAUAAAUUGGAUAAUGUCUGCUUUUAAGAAUUCGCUGAUGGAAACUUUACAGAGCAGUGGUUCGACAGACAUUGACGAGAUGAGUGUCUGUCAAUCAGACCCAGUUUCUUCAAUUUCGAAAUCGCAGAUAGGUCUGAUAGCAGCGACUGCAACUGGAGGAGUUGCUACAGGUCUUUUGGCGAUCUGCGGACCUUUUUUGGCGCCUGCCUUUCGCAGAAUUUGUUUACCGUACGUUCCGGCAACGAAUACGCAGGUUUCGAACGUUGUUCAUGUCUUACGAGGUCGUCGUUGUAAAAGCAUUGUAGACCUCGGUUCAGGAGAUGGCCGUGUUGUAAACUCGCUAGCAGCUAGUAGAAGUCUUAUCGGUGGUUCGGAAUUUGUUGGUAUAGAGCUAAAUCCAUGGUUGGUACUCUAUUCACGAAUCGCUGCUCUUCGAACCUUAGGUGUAAAAUCUGAGGUACAAUUCAAAAGACAGGACCUCUGGAAGUAUUCGCUUAAUCAACACGACACGGUUGUUGUCUUUGGUGUUGAGUGUAUGAUGGAAGAGCUGCAGCUGAAGUGCGAACAGGAACUUGAAAAGGGUAGCACAGUUGUGGCUUGCAGGUUUCCCUUUGAGGCCUGGAAACCUAAAAAAGUAUACGGAGAAGGUGUCGAUACCGUUUGGCUGUACGAGCGCUAACGCCAUAGACAAAGUAGCCAAAAUAGUCCACCUCAGUUUUAAAACUGCAAAUGUCGAUGGCCUAGCAUGGCAUCACUUUAUAACGUUUGCUAGGGAAACUAAUUGUGUAAUGAUUGUAUAGAUGAUAAGUAAUGUUUGAAAUAAUAAAAUGCUUUUUA